AAUCAUCUUGUCAUCCAUAUAAAAAUUGUUGGCGACAUCUCAAGAUGGUUCAAUUGUCAUCCUCAAAAAAUGGUAGAAAUAAAUUCGCUUGUUAGCAAUCAACCGAGGUUCAACCACUGCUUGAAUCGAUCAUUUGAGCUCCGAUAUUUAAACGCCACUUCGUUUUCACAUUCAAAAUUUGUUUGCUUGAGUGAAUUAAAUUCGAAGAUAGGCUUAUCAAAGGUUGGAUUGGUUAAAAAAACUGGUUUGAGCAGCAAAGAGAAGAAGACAAGUUUAAGAAUGUCUGGCCAUGAAGCUUUUGUUAAGGACUCCGUUGAGUUUCCUUCUGUCUCGGCGGUUGACAAAUUUGAAGCCACGCUCAAUAGCCAGACCAAGUGGCUCGUAAAUAUAUAUUUUCUUGCUGUUCUUCUUUGGAGAAAUGAUGCUGAAUCCUUGUGGGCUGCAACGGGGUCCGUUAUUAAUUUUGUAAUAUGUUUAACACUGAAGAAGACACUCAAUCAACGGAGACCUAUUACGACGAUGAAAUAUGACCCUGGGAUGCCAUCUGCACAUGCUCAAUGCAUCUUCUACAUUUCUCUGAUUUCUAUUUUCUCAAUUAUAGAAAAGCUUGGAGUGAAUGAAUUUACAAUGAUGAUUACAACAAUUUCCUUGGCAUGUGGCUCAUAUCUUUCAUGGUUACGAGUUUCACAACAGUUUCAUACAAGGAGCCAAGUGGUUAUUGGUGCUACUAUUGGCUGCACCUUUUCCAUAAUAUGGUCUUGGUUAUGGCAUGCUAUUGUUUAUGAAGCUUUUGUUUCCUAUUAUUGGGUUCGUACUAGUGUUAUACUUGGAGCUGCUACCUUCUUCCUAGGCUUUAUAUCAUAUGUUGUUCGUCAUUCCAUUACUCAUCAAUAAAAUUAUUUCAUUA